AUGGACCAGAGCACACUGACGGACAAGGAGAUCAGCCAGUGCCAUGGCCUCAUCAUGAAGGCUCAGUGGAGAACUGCUCAGACAUCUUUUCGGUACUCUGCCAGUGUGGGCAUAGCGGCCUCAGCGCUCACAGGCCCGAGCAUCUCAAACCUCAAGGAGGCCAACAGCAUCCUGAAGGGGAUGAAGAAUACAGCGAAGGAAGACCUCUACUACCACUCGUUCAACUUCCGGACUAGCGGAGGAGUUGAUCUGGAAGCCGUCCAGUUUGGAGACGCAGGCCACAAGAGCAGGGGUGACCAAUCCUCGCUCGAUCGUCCAGCCAGAGGCACCACCCCAUCGAAAGAAAAGGUUUUUGUGAGCUGA